CUGUCGAUAGUAGAACUUAUUUGAACAAAGUACGCUCAAAAUAGAUAGAAGCAUGAUAUGAUCGAUUAUCGAGAAAUGCGAUAGAUUUGAAAUCUCGCGCUUUUUAAAGGCAACGAAAUGCGCAUGCUCUUUUCGGUCGGUAAAAAAGUAACCCGAUCGGUAAGACGAUAAUGUCAAUGUCAAAGUACUGGUUCACAGCACAGUAGUUUAGAAGUGAAGACAUAAACUUUGUAUCGGAAUAGAGGAAUGAUUCUCCCACUACUGGGGACGAAAAUAAUAAUCUUUAAGAGUCUACUUUAUACUUUAAAUAGUUGAACGAUUCAAUCCUUUAUAUCAUUCGAAUACCGGUAGUGUCACUUAGUUUAAAUAUAUUAAUACAAAUUAGAAAUAAACAUAUGUAUUAAAUUAAACGAUAUAAAUUUGGUUGAGUGAUUUAUGUGAAGAGUGUAAAUAAUAAGAUAGAAUUGUACUUAAUUUAUAUUAUAUCAAUAUAAUUAUAUAUAUAUAUAUUCUGACAGCAUGGCUACUGUAAUAAAAAAUUUAUCAUUAUACUUUUUUACGAAAAAAUGUAUGAAAAUAUAUUUCGAGAAUAUGGAUUUUUUACAUGCUGAAUGUUUCAAAGCAACACUGAGUAAAAUUUUAGGACUUGGUAUCAUCGCUGGAUCAUUAUUGGUAAAAGUGCCACAAAUUGUAAAGAUUUUAAAAAAUAAAGAUAGCAAGGGUAUCAAUAUUUAUAGCGUAUUGAUGGAUUUAUUUGCUAUCACUGCUAUGACAUCUUAUAGUUUUGUAAACGGUUUUCCUUUUAGUUCCUGGGGAGAUGGAGUGUCAUUAGGUAUACAGACAUUGAUAAUUGCAAUAUUGGUUUUCCAUUUUAAUGGGGAUUCUGCGAAAGCAACAGCUUUUUUAGCAGGUUAUAUAGCUAUACUUACUGCUGUUGUAAGCGGUUUAGCACCAAUUAAUUUACUUUGGACCUGUCAAGCAAUGAAUAUACCUAUUGUUCUUAUUAGCAAGUUUAUACAAGCUUAUACAAAUUAUUCUAAUGGAAGCACUGGUCAGUUAUCAGCAGUAACAGGCUUUAUGCUUUUCUUUGGUUCAUUAGCAAGAAUAUUUACUUCCAUUCAAGAAACUGGAGAUAUGACUAUGAUAGUUAUGUACUCCUGUUCGACUAGUGCAAAUGCCAUUAUAGCAGCACAAAUUCUUUAUUAUUGGAAUGUUGAUACUGUAGCUUCUAAGAAAAAAGAUAAAGCUAAGAAAAAGGCCUAAAAGAAAGUUAUCAAUAAAAUAUUAUAUAAGAUUUAAUAGUGAUGGAAGUAUGUUAUAUUUUAUAUACAUUUGUAUACAUUUUUCUGCUACUUAUUCAUUAUAUUAUUCAGAACAUU